AUUGGUUAUCUUAAUCACCAAGCCUCCAUGCAAGCAAAAAGCUUUUACAUUCAAUACCUCAAGAUAACUCGCUGUAAAUUUCUUAUAACUUUUUCUAUUAAAACUGCUGCAAUUCCUUCCUGCUUCCUCAACCCUAUUGUUGAUGUCAUCAGUGGACCAAAAAGAUUCCUGAAUGUUCCACAGACUGCACCAGUUGACCUUGAUGUGAAAACAUGUAAAUGGACAUUCAAAAUUAAACCAAUGCAUAUUUUACAGAUUGAUAUUAUAACAACAAUCACAAGUGCAAAGCCAACGUAUUCCUCUUUCUCAUACUAUGAUGGAAAAUCAUGGCAACUAUUAACGAAUAGUAAAAUGAACACAUCCCAGACCACAUUUCCAUUAGAGUAUAUCAUAAACCCAAAAUACAAAACUUCAAAAGAUUUUGGAAAUAUGAUAAUUAGCUAUAAUUCUGUUAUUACAAUCAUCUGAAAAGGUACUGUCAAAGCACAAUAUUGGAGCAAUUUUGCUAUUCAACUUCAAAAAAGGAUGUAAAGCAGCUGAAACUGCUUGUGAUAUCAACAAAACGUUUGGUGAGGAAAUGACCAGUGAGUGAUCAGCUCAAAAAUGGUUUAAACAAUUUCACAGUGGUGACCUGAGCCUUGAAGAUCGUGAGCGUAGUGGACACCCAUCUGUCAUCGAUGACAGUCAGUUAAAGACCGUAAUUGAGAAAGAUCCAUGUAAAACCACUUGAGAACUGGCAAAAGAACUUCAAGUUAGCCAGAAAACUGUCUGCAACCAUUUGCAUGCGAUCAGAAAAUCAAAAAAGCUUGACAAAUAGGUAGCACAUGAUUUGAAUGAAAAUCAGAAAGAUAUGAAAUUUGCUCAUUGCUUCUUUUCUGUAAGCAGACCAAUCCAUUUCUCAAACAUAUUGUAACUUGCAAUGAAAAGUGGAUUCUGUACAAUAAUAAAAAACAUUCUUCACAGUGGUUAGACCAAAAUGAAGCACUGAAAACCUUCCCUAAACCCAAACACUUCAAAAAGGUUAUGGUGACUGUUUGGUGGUGUACUGCUAGACUCAUCCACUAUAACUUCUCAAAACCCAAUAAAACCAUUACUGCAGAAACAUUGCAAUGAAAUUGCCAAAAUGAGUGAAAAACUCCUACUCCUCCAUCUCAGAUUGGUUAAUAGACAAUGCUCAACCACACAUUCCACUACUGACACUCCAGAAGUUGAAGGAACUUGGCUACGAAGUUCUUCUCCAUCCAGCUUAUUCCCAAGACCUUUCUCCUACUGAUUACCACUUUUUCAAGUAUCUUGAUGGUUUCCUGCAAGAGAAGAAGUUCAAAAAUCAAACCAAUGCUGAAAGUGUGUUCAAAGAGUUCAUCAGCUCCAAAACUCCAGAUUUUUAUGUUACCGGAAUAAUCUAACUUGUAACUUGUUGGCAAAAAUGUGUUGAUUUUAAUGGUACUUAUUUUGAUGAAUAAAAUUUCCACUUUGUUGAAA